CGCCAUUACGUUGCGCGCACGCGCUCAUUAGACGCAAAUUAGUAGAUGAUGUAGUUUAGUUAAGGUUUGUCGAAGAUGUGGUCUUGUCCGUGUUGUCUUCGAUUUCGAUUUAGUCCCGAAGAAUUAGAACAACGUUAUAAAAGUCAGGAAAUCGAUAAAAUGCUGGAGAAAGAUAAACAGGCCCUCAAACGUCAAGUGAAGUUGUUGUUAUUGGGAGCUGGUGAGAGUGGGAAGUCCACCUUCUUAAAGCAGAUGAGAAUUAUUCAUGGAAUUAAGUUUGAGUACGAACUAGUCAAGGAGUAUCAACAGGAUAUUUACCAAAACGUCAUAAGAGGUAUGAAAGUGCUAGUUGACGCCCGUGACAAACUCGGCAUUCCCUGGGAGGAGACCAACAAUAACGAUUCGGGGAGGAAACUUUUGGAGUACAGUAACUCGAUAACGCUCGAUUCCAGAACGUUUAUGAACUAUGCCCCGUUUGUCGGAAGGUUGUGGAAGGAUUCCGGUAUACGAAGAGCGUUCGACCGAAGAAGGGAAUUUCAGUUGAGCGACUCUGUAGAAUAUUUCUUCAACCAUUUGGAUAGAAUUUGUAGGAUAGAUUAUAUUCCGACGCACCAGGACAUUCUGCACUGUCGUAAAGCGACAAAAGGCAUAACUGAAUUCAUCAUUCCCAUAAAUAAGGUCCCGUUUCUGUUCGUCGACGUCGGUGGGCAGCGGUCACAGCGACAGAAGUGGUUUCAGUGUUUCGAUUCGGUGACGUCGAUACUAUUUCUGGUUUCGUCGUCGGAAUUCGACCAAGUUCUAUUGGAAGAUCGAAAGACGAAUCGAUUAGAAGAGUCUAAAGAUAUAUUUGAUACCAUUAUUAAUAAUAGGGUGUUCGGAAACGUUUCUAUUAUUUUAUUUUUAAAUAAGUACGAUCUCUUAGUGAAAAAGGUGGCAAAUCCAGAAACGGACAUUCGUUGGUAUUUUCCACAGUUUGCGGGCAAUUCGCAUUCAAUUCAAGAUGUACAAGCAUUUAUAUUAGCGAUGUUUACAAGUGUUAAACGUGAGCCGAGAAAAGCCUUAUAUCAUCAUUAUACUACGGCGGUGGAUACGGAAAAUAUUAAAGUAGUGUUCAAUUCCGUUAAAGAUACUAUUUUAAAUAGGAACCUCGAAAUACUUAUGCUGCAGUAGGACACAAAGUGGUAGUUCAUUUAGGCUGUGUUUAACACAAAAAGAAUUUGUAUUUAAGACUGAUCAGUUUUAGUAUAUUAUUUAAUUUGACCAUGUUUUAUACUUUUAGAGAUUUUAUGAUUAUCGCAUGUUAACUGGUAUUUGUAAACAAGUUGUGGAUUCGCGUAUGCCAAGUUUGUUUUUAGUACAAUUGUAUUUUUAAUGUGUAUGUUGAUUAUAUUCCAAAGAUCAUUGUUUAUGUAGCAUUUUAAGUUGCAACUACCCGCUUUUUCGUUUUCAUUGUAAAUAUAAAAGAGAUAUACAUAAUUGUCAAUUAAAAAAUUAUUCAUUUUACAGUGUUGAAGUGCCUUUACCUACCAUAUGUACUGCCUCUUAUAUUUAUUGUUAAGAACAUUUUGCCUUUGAUGUAUAUAAUGUCAAGUUAAUAAUUGUGAUAUUCCUAAACAGAAUGUUUUCACAAAUUCGAAUACAACGGUUGCGAAAGCAUUUAUGUUUAGAUAUUUAAAUACAAGUUUGUAAAUUGUAAAUAUGCAUUGUAAAUAUUGUACACGAUGGACAAGUUUGUCAACGUCUCUUACAUACUCAGCGAUUGGCAGCUACAGUAAUGAAAUAUAUAUAUUUUUUAUAACAUGCCUCCGUAAGAUAAGCCUAUCUUCUUUCGUAUGUUGAUAAUCGCAUUUAAGCAAAAGUAUUAUACAUAUAAAGUGCCUUAUUUACUAAAUAAACCUAGUUACUUUAUAACAAUGCUACUUUUUCAAUUAUCGCUCAUUACUUGAGGUGUUCUUUACUCACCGCAGGUACAGGCCAAAAUUAAUGUAUAAUCGGAAGCUUCCAUAUUUUCAAUGCAACCACAAGAAUAAUGUGGUUUUGAAUGUAUCUGUAAAUUUUUAUAAGUGUCUUGUAAAAUAUAGAACUCAUUGUUAAUAAAUUAUUUACGAACAUGCCUAUAA